UUUGAUAAAAGGAAAUAUGCAAAACGAAUUUUAAAACAUUAGAAUAUUGUAGAUUAAAAUUAAUUGAAGAAAUAACGAUCAAAAGUGAAGGAUGGAACUUUUUAAGAACCCCGAAUUUUUUAUAAGAUAAAUAUACUUAAUACAAGAAUAUACAAGAACAUAAAUGUUGAAUACUGCAUAGAAAUGUUUAUUCUAAACACUUUAAACAGACUACAUUUAUAGUUGCUUCACUAUUAAAGAAGUUAUUCGGUACUGAGACUAACAUUGUACAGUAUAGUGAGUCAUGAACGGGAUAAAUGGCAAUGUAUUAAAGAUGGGUGACAAAUCUCCAUCGCUGGAUUACGGAGAAGAACAAAAACUAAUACCACCGAUUACGCCAACAACGCCGAUGAUUGUGCAAGUGACAAAGAAUCCGUAUUCUUCCUUAAAAUACAGGAGUCGAUACCGGGCUGGACCGACGCGGAAGUUGCGUCGUCGCGCCGUCCUGAAAAAUGGCGAUUGCAAUGUAUUGCAAUCACGCAUUUCCCGACGAUCGCUACGUUUUCUACAAGACAUCUUCACAACUCUGGUGGACACACAAUGGCGUUGGACGCUAUUGUGCUUCAUUUUAAGUUUCCUUCUAUCUUGGUUGGGUUUUGCGGUGAUUUGGUGGCUGAUAGCCUUCACCCACGGUGACUUUGAAGAGCACCAUUUGCCACCUUUUCAAGUGGAGAACAAUUGGACGCCGUGUGUUUACAAUAUUUUCAGUUUUACCAGUUGUUUUCUCUUUAGUAUUGAAACCCAGCAUACCAUUGGAUAUGGUAGUCGCUCUACGUCUGAAGAAUGCCCCGAGGCCAUAUUUAUUAUGUGUCUUCAGAGUAUUGCUGGUGUCAUGAUUCAAGCUUUCAUGGUGGGCAUUGUAUUCGCUAAAAUGACCAGGCCAAAACAACGUACCCAGACUUUAUUAUUUUCACGAAAUGCCGUAAUUUGUCAACGAGAUGGUGAGCUUUGUCUCAUGUUUCGAGUGGGCGAUAUGAGAAAAAGUCAUAUAAUUGGCGCGAGUGUACGCGCACAAAUGAUUCGCAGUAAGACGACCAAAGAGGGUGAAAUUCUAUCUCAACACCAGCACGAACUGGUGGUAGGUACCGACGGUGAAAACGGCAAUCUAUUCUUCAUCUGGCCAGCCACUAUUAUCCAUCGGAUCAAUGAGUCCUCGCCCUUUUUUAAUAUGUCAGCCGAAGAUAUGUUAACUGAACGUUUCGAAAUUGUUCUAAUCUUAGAAGGUACUAUUGAAUCUACUGGACAAACCACUCAGGCUAGGUCCAGUUAUCUUCCGCAGGAGAUUCUAUGGGGUCAUCGUUUCGAUCCCAUGGUAAACUAUUCAAAGGAACGACAAGGUUACGAAGUAGACUAUUCACUGUUUAACAGUACUACUCAGGUUGACACUCCGUUAUGCUCUGGCAAAGAGCUUGAAGAAUUUUAUAAGGCGCAAGAUGAUCUUCGUCAUGGAACUGAUGGAAGCCUGAGGAAAAUCCCUAGCGAGCCGAAGAGUGCUCCGAUCGUGCUCAACAUGCUCCCUCAAGCCGACAGCACAGGUUUUCUCAUCCAUCAAGAUCGCUCUUCUCAGAAACCAUCCAAACUGCAUAUUGACAUUCCGUCUAUUGACGAUUGUCCUGGAGUGUAAUUUAUUUAGGCUGGAAACAGUUAAAAUGAAAUAAAGAAGAAAAAGAAGAAUAAGAAUAGAUAAAAAAAGA